CGCGGAGCAGGUUGUCGCGUGUCAGUCGGGGGCUCGGGCUCGGAGCCCAGAGCAGCCAGCACCAUAGCGUCCAACAGCUGGAACGCCAGCGGCAGCCCCGGAGAGGGGCGGGAAGAUGGCCAGGACAGCAUGGACAAGAGUCUGGACAACGACGCCGAGGGCGUCUGGAGCCCCGACAUCGAGCAGAGCUUCCAGGAGGCGCUGGCCAUUUACCCGCCCUGCGGCCGCCGGAAAAUCAUCCUCUCGGACGAGGGCAAGAUGUACGGUCGCAAUGAACUGAUCGCCCGGUACAUCAAACUGCGCACGGGGAAGACACGGACGAGAAAACAGGUGUCCAGCCACAUACAGGUUCUAGCUCGGAAGAAGGUGCGGGAGUACCAGGUUGGCAUCAAGGUCUCUAGCCACUUGCAGGUUCUAGCCCGGCGGAAAUCUCGCGAGAUUCAAUCCAAGCUGAAGGCCAUGAACUUGGACCAGGUCUCCAAGGACAAGGCUCUGCAGAGCAUGGCCUCCAUGUCCUCCGCGCAGAUCGUCUCGGCCAGCGUCCUGCAGAACAAGCUCAGCCCUCCUCCUCCUCUUCCUCAGGCUGUCUUCUCUGCUGCGCCCAGGUUUUGGAGCGGGCCGAUCCCAGGACAGCCUGGACCCUCUCAGGACAUUAAACCAUUUGCACAGCCAGCUUACCCCAUCCAGCCACCCAUGCCUCCAUCACUAGCCAGUUACGAGCCCCUGGCUCCGCUCCCGCCAGCCGCCGCGGCCGUGCCCGUCUGGCAGGACCGCACCAUCGCCUCGGCCAAGCUGCGGCUCCUCGAGUACUCGGCGUUCAUGGAGGUGCCGCGGGACGCCGAGACGUACAGCAAACACCUCUUCGUGCACAUCGGCCAGACAAACCCAUCGUACAGUGACCCCCUCCUGGAGGCUGUCGACAUCCGCCAGAUCUACGACAAGUUCCCCGAGAAGAAGGGCGGCCUUAAGGAGCUCUAUGAGCGUGGGCCCCAGAACUCCUUCUUCCUUGUCAAGUUUUGGGCGGAUCUGAACAGCACCAUCCAGGACGGGCCGGGGACUUUCUAUGGUGUGAGCAGCCAGUACAGCAGUGCAGAGAACAUGACCAUCACGGUGUCCACCAAGGUGUGCUCCUUCGGCAAGCAGGUGGUGGAGAAAGUGGAGACAGAGUACGCGCGUCUGGAGAAYGGCCGGUUCGUCUACCGAAUCCACCGCUCUCCCAUGUGCGAGUACAUGAUCAACUUCAUCCACAAACUCAAGCACCUCCCGGAGAAGUACAUGAUGAACAGCGUCCUGGAGAAUUUCACCAUCCUGCAGGUUGUUACGAACAGGGAUACCCAGGAAACCUUGCUCUGCAUCGCCUUCGUCUUCGAGGUCUCCACCAGUGAGCACGGCGCCCAGCACCACGUCUACAAGUUGGUCAAGGACUAGGGGCCCCCCAGGCCCGGCCAAGGCACGGCACGACG